AGGAGGGUAAAGCAGCAGCCAUCCGAAGGUCACGGUGUAUUGCAACAGAAAGAGGCAUAGGUAAAACAUGAAAAAGAAUCGUUUGUAGUAGGCGUAUUAAAAUAUAGCGAAACAAAAAAGAAAAAGAAUAGCUCAGAGGAGGAGGUUCGGACGACACAAAAAAAACUACGUACGGAAUAUGACUGAAAAGAAAAUAGGAAGAAAUCUCAUCCAUUUCUGAGUUAUAGAUCAUGCUCGCGUAAAUGUAUUAUGCAGUGCCGGUACGUAAAUCUCUUUGGGCGCGUGUACGUUUCGUCGUUUUGAAUUUUAUCCCGCGUACUACGCAUGCGUAUUUAUUUUAACCAGUUUUUAUCAUUUUUCUGUUUUUUGUUUUCGUUUUUUUCCCUUAAAUCAUCGUGUAGAAUUUUUACAUAAUUUUUUAUCACUUUUUUGUGUAGUUUUUGAUAAAUAAUUUCGGUUUGAGAAUUUUAGUUGUUUUUUUUUUCGAUAGAUCGAUAUUUUGUUGUGGAGUUUCGAAAUUACUACGAGUAUAUUAUCAUUUUUUCUUUUUGUUUCUUUUCAACGCCGGUAGUUCGUUAGUGGUGAUAUGAUAAUUUUUUCAAGAAUGUGUCACCUUUUGGAAUACCUCGUGGAUUUACAUAUUUGAAGGAUUGCGCAGAUUUGAUAUCCAGAAUUAUGUAAAAUGAAGAAAAAGUGAACAAGAUUCGAUCGAAACGUUUCAUUAGCUCAUCAAAGCUUUGGAAAGGAAAAUUGAGAAAACGAAUGUACCAUGGGAUCGGCGAAAUACAGUUUACGAUGGAACAAUCACCAAACCCAUUUGUUAAACGCAUUCGAAGGAUUACUACACAAUGAAACUUUAGUAGAUGUAACAUUAGUAUGUCAAGAAACUACAUUCAAAGCUCAUAAAGUUGUACUUUCUGCGUGCAGUCCAUACUUCCAAAGGAUAUUUUGCGAAACACCUUGUAAACAUCCUGUGAUAGUUUUAAAAGAUCUCAAAGGAUGGGAAAUGCAAGCUAUCGUAGAUUUUAUGUACAAAGGAGAAAUAAGCGUCGGUCAUGAGCAAUUAGCUUCGUUAAUGAAUGCUGCUGAAUCUUUACAGGUACGUGGUCUAGCGCAAACCGAACAAAUACCCGUCUGCAGCGAAACAAACCAAAAAGAAGAAACGUCGAGUUGUAACACAGGCAGUACGUGUAGCAGAACCGAUAAUCCACCUAGAAGAUCAACACCUUCGUAUCCUUCUUCCCCUCCUGUUAAUAAUUUAUAUCCAAACCACAACCCUAAUCUGAGUUCCCCUCCAGUCAUGAUACCAAAUUAUGAUUCUCAUGUUAGAUUACCUCAAUUACCAAUUAUGCCAAAUAUAUCGUUUAACGAUUCUCAGUCUGAAAGGAAUUGCCAGUCUCCGUUACCAAGGAGGAAGCAGGCGAGACCUAGAAGAAGAUCAGGCGAAUCUGCCGGACCUCAAGAUUUAAGUAAAGCAUGUUCUCAGCAAUCUGAUUCCGAAAUGGCGGAAAACUUAUCGAUGAAAAAAUCUCCCAACGAAGUUAGAAACAACAGAAACAGAAGUAUAACGCCAACUAGACCUCCUUCAAGAUCACAGCAGGCAUCUCCGAAUCAAAACUGUAACCAAUCGCUAAAGGCAGAAAGUGAAGAGUCUGAUGUAGGAGAAUCUACCCAAAGUCAACCGGUAGAAUUGACCACGAGUACACCUAUUGAUCAUAGGCGUGACUUGACGCAGCAUUUUAAUAGUUUAGUCUUAGAACAUCCAGCAGCAUUAAUGCAUCAUCGUAAUGCUCAAGACUGUGGUCCAGAAAAUUCCCUCGGUCAUUUACCAUCGUUAUCAGCGCUUCCACUAACACCUCCUCAUAUGUUCCCUUUGGAUACGCAUCUAGGUUUAUUUUCCGGUUUAGACGGUUGUAAUAGAGGAUAUUUUUUAAACGACCCUUUAGACUUGAAACACGACGGUCCACAAUUAUCGAAUAAAAAGAAAAUGUGUCGACCAAAAGGCCAGCACAGCGCACCUCGAGGAGGUCCACCUCGAUCGUGGACCAACGCCGAACUAACCGAAGCUCUGCAACAAGUAUGGAACAAACGAAUGACCACCUCGCAAGCUUCGAAAAUCUACGGCAUACCAUACAACAGUCUGCUAAUGUACGUUCGAGGUAAAUACGGCAAAUCGUUAAAAUUAGAAAAACUGAAGCAAGAAUGCUUCAACGAUAUCCACUCGUUAGACUUAUUAGGCUUUAAUUCGAUGAGUAACAAUAAUAACAAUAACAAUAACUCGAGUAAAUCGUUAAAACUACCCGAACCGGAUCUAAUGCUACCUCCCGGUUUCAAUCCUACACCGUACCCGUCACCGAAUUUCUAUCCGGAUUUCGGAGCUUCGAUUCCGAUACCUAUGAGCAUGAUGCAUUUACUGCCGCAGUCUGAUAAGCUUCGCGAAACCUUUCAAGAUCGCGAAAUGUCGUCUCUUUCGAUGCACAUGGGGUUCAGUAAGAACGACGUUGGCAACCAGAGGAGCAGUUCGGCUCCGAUCGAUUUCAAUAAAAACGAACGCGAUUUAUGCGACAAUAGUCCUCUGGAUUUCGCCAAAGAUCUAUCGUCGCCUUAUCAACACUCCAACAUGAAGAUGGAAGACGAAUCGGCCAACAGUCCGCAAUCCGAUAAAGAAGAUGUACAUUUGCAAAGGGUACAAAUAGAACAGAAUGCACAAGACUGACAUAAAACUUUCGCUAAUUUUUCGGUAAUUAGCGCGUAAUUUUACAUUCCGAAUUUGUGAUAUGAUAAUUUUAAUAAUCGAGGAGCUAUUUAGUUAAACGACGAAUCGAUACUAACACAGCGUACGUUAACGUCAAUUUUUGUUGCAAAUCGAAUACGAGUACGACGACGACGAUCGGAUAAAUGCGUUACCUUUAAAUAAAAAAAAAUGAUGACAAGUAUACCAAAGAUAGUUUUGUUUUUUUUCCUUUCUUACUCCUAAAGUAGAUGUCGUUUCGUUUGAAAAUUUGUUAACUAUACCUACGAAGACGUGAAAAGGAUCAUUUGUUGCGAUCUUCGCGUAUCGAAGACAUUACGAUUGCCUACCUACGUAUUUUUAGGCGAACAAAAAAUGGGCGUCGAUUAUUAAAAUUAUUCCAGUUUGUACAGAUUUAGCAUUUGUUACGUUCGCCCUUAAAUAAGAGAAAAACGAUUGUAAGUUAUACGUUUAAUCGAAUCACGUAUUAUGUACUUUGUAAAUUCACUCUCGCUUUGUAUAAUCUUCAAGACCGGAAAUGAAGAAUUUAUUCGUUAAGAAAUCUUACUGUAUCGAAAGUUCUCUUUUUUUUAUUAUCUUUAAAAUAUAUCUAAGAGUUGUACACUGUAAAUUAUAUAUCGAUGUUCGUGUUUAAUAAUUAAUUUAUUAAUUACGUUAAAUAACCGAAGAAGAAAAAAAAACGAAGAACGGGUUAGUUGCAAUAAUUACAUAAAUAAAUGUAGGUAACGCAAAAGCAUAAGUUAUGACAACAGUAAACAGGGUAAUUUUCAAAACAAUACGAAAUCAAUAGAAUUUAUAAUGAACCAAUUUUUAAACCAUUCCACUUUACUUUUUAUUUAUUUUUAUUUAUUUUUCUUGUUAGCUCUAAGCAGUCUACAUAUUUCUAUUACUAAUAAACACCCUCAUCUCUCCGCAUAUAAUAUAUGAAUGUUAAAAUGUCUUCAACUGUUUUCUGUUUUUUUUGUUUUAUAUACUUAUUGAUGAAACAUUUCAGCAUACUAAUAACGGAUAUAUUUUAGUUGAUUGUUAUACAGUUUUUGCGUGUUUUUCCCCCUCUGUGAUGUAUUCUCUCGUAAUCGUGUAUGUAUAGUUCUAAUUUGAACGGUUUUAUUUUACUGUUUUUGAAGCUAUUAGCGAAAUUUACCUACCUAUUUGACGGAAAAAACAAAAGUAUUGGUUUCUCAAAAAAUAUUAUAUUUUAAUUACGUGAUUUUUGAUAUGAAACCAAAACUUCAUGCGUUAUCUUUAAUGAUCAAAUUAGCUACCAUAUGCGAUUAUAAUGCCUGUGUAAAUAAUCUGUUUUCUCUCUAACACAGUCUUACCGAUUUGAGCAUAUUUAUGUAUACCAAGUUUGAUACCAUGAUUCUUUUUUUUUUUAUACGCUAUAUUUAAUAAUGUAUUUUUUUUUUUUUAACAAUUUAAUAGUUACUUCAAUAUUUAUAAUACAAUAUAACAAUAUUUACCAAACCGUCAGUUCCUAUAAAUGUGCUAUUCAAUUCACAGUGAACUAUUAACAUUACCUCAUCUAACUACUAUAAUCAAUAUUAUGCUGUAAGUGAAUACUGUGCUUCCUCUAUAUUUUAAUAACUAUAACGAAUCAAAUCGCUACUUAAUACUUUUAUGUGAACGAAUAUAUCGUCAAAUUUUCUCUUUUUUUUGUACAUGUACCUACCUAUAUUCGAAAGACGCGUAUAUUUUUAUUAAAGAAAAAAAAUCUGCAAGUUUAUACUAAAAAUACGAAUACCUAUUUCAGUAAAAUAAUUAAGCGUAUAUUUAAAACGGUCGGUUGUUUAUCACAUUUUUAUUGUUUCCCACCUUUUUCGGUAUUUUUUUUUUUUUUUUUAAUGAAAACCAAACUAAAACUCACGAUGUGAUAACAACUUGAACAAAUCAAGUAUUAUUCACGAUGAAUCUAAAAAAACUUCGCUUUAGUUUAAGAUCAUUUUUAUUUAUUUAUUAUUUUUUUUAUAAAUAUACGCGCGCAUCAACUCGUAACCUGGUGUAUGGUGAUCGUUUAAUAUUCGUCGAAUUUACAUAUCAGAUUAUCGUUGUCUCGGGUUACGAGUUAAUGUACCUAUAAUUUUUAUAACAUACGUUCCUGAUUUAUAUUACAUUAUAGAACCAAUAGUUCCUUUAUAAUGCCAUAUUUUUAUACUAAAACCAGCUAUUAUCCGUAUGCAACAAAUCAAAAACUCGACCAAUAUGGUGAUUCUGUUUCCGGUGAAAAAUUAUUCGUUCGACUUCGUCUAAUACAUAUUAUUCUGAUUAGAAAAUAAUCCGUCGCAAAACGUUUCGUGAUGUUGGAUUCUUGAAAUUUUUUUUCAAUUUUUUUUUUGCCAUUUCGAGUGAAAUUUUUCCAAAUUUGGUUUUAUUUGGUGAUUUGUUGAAGCGACUGAUUCGUGUGGAAGGAGAGGACCAGGAGGAGAGAAUGAAAAAAUAAUAAUUCUUGCAUGUGCACUAUUUUUUCAAUUUUUUUUUUCUGUGAUGAGAAGGACUUGUCGUACUCUAUGAAUUUGCUGAGGUUUUAAUUUCACAGCUCUUGAACCUUCUGAGAAUUGAAUUUCCUAUCUUCCCCCCCAUCUGAUAAAUUUUUAGGAAUUUUCAAAUCUCCAAGGGGAAAAAUAUUGAAUCUGAACAGAUCAAGGCAAAUCUGAUCAGACUUGCUUAGAUCAUUUGAUUAAAUUUGAUCAGAACUUGUCAGAUCAAAUUGGAUCGAGAGAUUAUUUUUUUGAAAAUUUUUUGAAAAUUUUAGGCACAAAAAAUACCUUUUUGGAUGCAAAGGCUCGAAAUCAUUAGCUGCCUAAUUACAUUUUUCGACCACUUUUGGGUAUUUUUUUGAAAAUCUUGGGCACAAAAAUGACCUUUUUGGAUGCACAGACUCGUAAUCGCGCUCAAAUCCUUGAAAACUUGUCUUGUAACUAGAAAAGACGAUUCCCAAAAUCGUAGCUUCACUACCUCAUUUUUCGAUGAUUUUUGGAUAAUUUUUCGAAUAUUUGGGCCCAAAAAAUUCCUGGAUUUUAUGACUUUUUGACAUUUAAUUUAUCCUGUGGAUUAUGUAAGCCUGAUUUGAUUUUUCCAGUAGCGUUUUUUAAAAAAUUUUUUUGGACUGAGGUUGGGAAAGUGGACUGAACCUUAAAAUUUGUGCACCCGAAGAAAAUUUAUUUCUCUCUCCUCUGCUCCUAAUGCUAUUGUUUGUGAAAUUCAUACUUCACAAUGCUCUCCUAAUGAUUUAGCGUUUGAAAAAUGUAUCAAAAAUUGGAUUGCACUUUUUGAGGAUUUUAUUUUAAUUUUUUUGAAGCAAAUUGCAAUUUUGAAAAUAAUUUUCAUAAUCAGGCGAAAUUGUGUCAUAAAUAAUUAAAAAAUUGAAAUAAAAUUUUCCAGAAUCCAAAUUUGUACGAAACUAGUUUAAAAAUUUUCAACCGAUAAUUCUGACAGUUCAGAUUUUCCCUCAUAGAUAAGAUUUCUUAGUUUGUUUUUUUUCUAUGUGUGUGUGUUUGUGAAUUUAUAUUUUGAAACCUGUAUAAACUGAAAUUUUUCUCAUUUUUCGGGCGUUGAAAAUUUCAAAUAUGAAAAAAAAAUGUAAAUUAAGAUAACAUAAUCACUAUUUAUUAAAUUUAUAAAUUUAGUUCGUUGUUAUAUUAUUUUUGAAAUCGAUUUUGAAGACUACAUCGAAUGACGUUCUCUAUAUUUGUUAAAAAUUCGUGUAUAGUAGACUAUUUUGUAAAUUAUUUUGAUUUUAUUUAUGUCUAGAUAUAAUAAACGUUAAAAUCUUAAACAUUUUUCUAAAAAAAGAAAAAAUGAAAAAAAAAAUGAAAAAAAUCAUUUACAAAAUUUUUUGUUAUUUAAAAGGUAGUAAAUAAUUUAUUCGUUUACAUUUUUUUCGGUUUUUUUCUCACGAAUGGACGCUUGAGUGUGGCAAUAAAAUCUGUGGUUCGAAAAAGUUGUAGUAUUCUAGUCAACUUGGAAAUUUUGUCAACUCAUUUUCCAUUGCUAUGUUAGGCUUUAUAUAAAUAGAAGAAAUAUGGACAGUUUUAUUAAAAAUAUUGUUAUUUUUUUUUCUUUAUUAUUUUUUUAAAAUAAAUAAUAUUGUUUAGUUUGAA